UCUUCUUCCUUAAACACACAUCUCUCUACACUUCAUUUUCUCACCUUUCUCUUCUGAUUUCACUUGUACACGAUUAAGCAAAGAUUCAAUUUCCAACAUUGACGUUUCUCUCGAGUGGGUGAAGUAGAAGAAAGUUAUGUUUAAACCCUAAAAUAUUUUUUUCCUGAGAAGUCGAUCUCUAAUGGCUCUUGUACCCAAGAUUCGCAAUCGCACCAUCUCGGACAAACCAGUCUCUUCGUCUUGUACUAGAACAUCGAGUUUCAGACAAAGACUUCUCGCCAGUUGCAAACGAUUUCUCAGGUUCAAAUUGUUGGUUCGUGCUUCUUCAGUGUCAUUAAAAAAGAAAGCAGCAAGGUGUUCACAAUCUCAACAAGUUGUUAAACAUAAUGAUGAUAGGAUUGAGGAACAUUCUUCUAGUAAUCGGGGUUUUAAAGAUGGCAACAAUUUCUUAGUAUCAUCAACAGAAACGAAGAAGCUUGUUGCGUUUUGUGGUGAACCUUUCCAACCACUCAACGAGGAGGAAGUAGCUCUAGUCAAUAGUGCCUUGUCUAAGAGAAACAGAAAGAAGAUUUUGGUUUCGCAUAAAAACUCCAAUAUUGACAUCUCUGGAGAAACUUUACAAUGCCUAAGGCCGAAUCAAUGGCUUAACGAUGAUGUCACUAAUCUCUAUCUGGAGUUGCUGAAAGAGAGACAAACUAGAGAUCCGCAAAAGUACUUCAAGUGUCAUUUCUUCAAUACCUUCUUUUACGUUAAGCUCGUAAGCGGCUCCGGUUACAAUUACAAAGCUGUCAGUAGAUGGACUACCAAGAGAAAGCUUGGAUAUGAUCUUAUUGACUGUGACAUAAUAUUUGUUCCAAUCCACAUAGAUAUACAUUGGACCCUGGGAGUGAUUAACAAUAGGGAACGCAAGUUCGUGUAUCUUGAUUCAUUAUUUACUGGAGUUGGUCAUACAAUUUUGAAUGCUAUGGCAAAGUACUUGGUGGAUGAAGUAAAACAAAAGAGUCAAAAGAAUAUUGACGUUAGUUCAUGGGGAAUGGAAUACGUUGAAGAACGUCCUCAGCAACAGAACGGGUACGACUGUGGGAUGUUUAUGCUUAAAUACAUUGAUUUUUACAGUAGAGGAUUGAGUCUACAAUUUAGCCAGAAAGACAUGCCGUACUUCAGGUUAAGAACAGCUAAGGAGAUACUGAGACUGCGAGCUGACUAAUAGUGCCCCCAUCUUGGUGACAUAACCUUGCUAUUUUACAAAGCCGAUUCAUAUUAGUUUAGCAGCCUUAUUUGCUUGGGCUGUGGAGAAUGCUAGAUAUCUUCGUUGCUUUCUUGAAAUAUUUGUUUGAUUUUUUCUUAUCUAGAAGAAGUUGUUGAUAAGCUUUUAGAAUUCUGUUUUAUUGUUUAGUGAAGGAAUAAUCUUCAAUUUUGUACCCUGGCCUGAGGAAUAAUUUUAAGUUUGGUGGAAAAUUGCAGAUUGUUAUGCAACUCUUAGUCUAUACCAUAAGAUAACCUCAUGAAUGAAUGUGGUAAUAGUGGUUGCAGAGCGUGUAAUUACAACUGCUUUGUGUUCUGUUGUUUAGUGGAAAUAUGAAUCUCCAUUUUGGCUUGAGUAAUUGCAUAUUUUGUGAUGUAUCCAUCUCUCUAAGUCUCUAGACUAACCUGAGGUGACAAACGCAGCGAUAGAGUCGCUGGAUAAAAU